AUGUCUGUCUCCAUCGCCAGUGCCGGUGGUUCGGGCACGUUCCAGCCGUACCAGUGUCUUGUCUGCCAGAGUCGAUUCACUCGGCAUGAGAACCUGAAGCGACAUGCUGCGCUGCACUCACGCCCGCAGGGACAGGCGUUGCUUUCCUGCGAACUGUGCGAUGCCACAUUCUCACGGCAGGACCUGCGAAGUCGGCACAUGAAGAGAAAACACCCUGAACAAAUUGGGCGACGAAUGACAAGGGCAUCGAGGCAGGACCCGGCUACUACUGCUGCUGCUGCGACUGCGACGCAGGUGUGCGGGGCCAGGAAAUCUCGCAGGGGAAAAGCAUCGCCAUCGUCGCCUGCGGAAAGCCAAAACGGCUCUGGCAAGGGCGAUGAGUGUGAAUCGGGAAUGGAAGAUGGAAUUUGGCAAGCAGCUCUGGGACUGGAACAGCGCCACCAGCUCGACCACGAUCAGCACGACUUUAUGGGAGAUGGCAUUGACCUGAACAAUGGCUCGGGGACGACUGGUGCCGGCGACUCGCAUAGCAUCACUGCUUUACUGUCGGAUGACCAGUCAAUGAGCGACUUGAUGUCCAUUGAAAACAUGGUGCAAGACGUUGCCACAGCCACUACUACCAGCAAUCACCAAAGCUUGCUCUUGGGACAGUCGCUUCCUAGCCCCGCCUUUCACACAACUUCCACCACAAAUGUCGCCUCGGACCAACAAGCUACGUCGCUGAACCCCAAUGCAGUGCACUUUAACUUCAACGAUAUUGCAGACAAGCUCUCACCGAGUAGCCCGCCACAGCUUAUAGACGACUGGUCUCCUUCUUCGACACAGAUUUCCAGGGCUUGCGGUCUAUUCUUUACCAAUAUCUCGCAUUUCAUCCCCUUUUUGCAUCGAGCAACAUUUGACAUUAGUCAAACCCCUCCCCAUCUACUAUUCAGCAUCAUGUGUGUUGCCUAUCAAUAUGGCGACGAUCCAGACUGCGAGGAUGCAACAGGCUCAGGAGCAAGCCUGUCCAUACGAUGCUUUCAUCGGGCCCGUGCUUUACUGUCCAUCGAAGAGGAUGGCCAAGACGAGUCAAUGCCGCACCUGACCAUGGUUCAGGCCUACUUCUUAUUACAAAUAUGCUCAAUGAUGUACUUAUGUGGUAAAGACUCUGCCUACGGCCUCAAAAUGCACUCGAAAAUGAUCAGUCAUGCUCGAAUAGGAGGUUUGUUGCAGCCGACACCAAAUGACUCGGGAUCGGCAGGAGAUUUGGAAUCUCUUUGGCGGGAUUUUAUUGGGAUGGAGUCCCUCAAGAGGACAGUAUUUGCAGUUCAUCAGAUUGACGCCCUUUGGUAUCAGAUCUUGUCGGUUCCACGCCAACUAUCGCAUCUGGAAAUCCGGCAUGACUUGCCAUGCCCUGAGAAACAUUGGACUGCAUCCUCGGCUGCCGAAUGGGCACACCAGCAGCUCAUCGCCAGGCAGUCCAACUCGCCCAUUCGUUAUACAGACGCAGUUCGGCGAUUUCUAUCAUCAGAAGCAGAUGUCGCUUCUAUUCCAGCCUUUGACCCAUAUGGCGCAAUCAACAUUACACAAUUCCUGAUUUCGAGCGCUCGCGAAAUAUCCGGAUGGUCUACAAUGACUGGAAUGCUUAGUCUUGAGCGGUUCGAGCCUCUGCGGUCGUCUCUAGUAGCACUUGGUCCUUAUAUACGCCAACAACCGGAUGCAACACCAUCGUCAUAUGCAGCCUUGUGUGAGGCAACCUGGCAGACCGCCAUGAUCGAGCUGCAGGUGUGGUCGCCGUCGCAUGUCGGUGGUAUCGUAGAGGGAAGCAUAGACGCUAUUCUGACCCAGUCGACCUACUUGUCCCCACAUGUAGAGCUCCUGAGCGAAACCAGCAUUGCCAAAGCGGUCCAACCACACGUGAAUUGGUUCCUGCGUUAUCUCGAUACGACCAUGACGGGAGAGUACGAGGCGCCGUGGGUUACAUUGUAUGCAUACAAGGCUUUCUUAAUUGCCUGGCAAUUGGUGCGUGGUGGCAAGCCUGGUUCCAUGGAAAUCGUCGGCAUUCAUGACGGUGAUGUCGAGGGAGCAAUGAGAUGGGCAAGGAAAGUUUUUCUUCGGAGACAACGCUGGCAGUUAGGGAAGCUGAUUAUGAAGUGCUUGGAUUCAAUACAAAACUGA